GUCUAGCUCUCCUCCACGCCCGCGACGCCCCGGCCCCGUCCCCCCUCCGGCCGCUCUAGCCUCCGCUCCUCUCGUUGGUUGGCGCGGGGCCGUCGCACACCCGGCGCGGGAGGCGGAGCGGCAGCCAGAGGGCGGCGCGGUGGGCUGAUUUGGGCCUCCGCUCGCCGCUGCGCCGGCGUCGCGCAGCUCAGCGGUCUCUGAGUGCCUGCGCCGUCGCUCUUUCCGGGCCGGGUUCCGAGGACGGCGGCUCCCCGAGCGUGGGGCCCUGCGCCCCUCUCCCCCAGGCCCUGCGCCGACUUGGGUUCCAGGACGCCAGAGCUAACGCCCACCCAGUCCAGGCCCAGCACCGUCUUUUCCCGGCGGAUUUAGGUUCUUCUUCCCCAAAGGUUGUGUCCAGUGGCCUCAGGGCUCCUGUGAGUUUCGGAUGAGCCCAUAACAAUAUUUAGAAAUGGGGUUCUGGAACCUGGGAAUCCUGGAGAGACACCCUUAGGGCCCCCUGUCGCCGGCUUCUACGUUCUUCUCCAAAGUUGAGGAUCCUUUUCCCGUUCCCUCAGACUCACUACCGCCCGACGUGUCAUGGCCCCCAGGCCAGGGCGCGAGUGGAGCUCCGCCCUGUCCCACCUGGCGCUGGGAUCAGUGUCUCUGUAUGCAGCCCUGAGCACUGCCCAGGCAAAUCGAGGGGCCGCUGCUGGCUUCCUGCUCCAGGCCCUGGCUGCUGCCACCAUGCUGGCCCCAGGGCUGGGCACAGAUGAAGACUGUCUUGCUGGAGACUGGGUGGCCACUGUCAUUGGCCUGCCCCUCCUGGCCUUCGAUUUCCACUGGGUGAAUGGGGACUGCUCCUCCGCCAACCUGCUCCUGGGAGGAGGCAUGGUCCUGGCAGUGGCUGGUGAGCACCUUGGUGCUGAGGGCCGCUCUGUGGCUGGGCAGGCAGUGGUGCUGGUGGUCGCAGUGACCAUCCUCAUUGUGGCUGUUUUCACGACCAACACUUAUGGAAUGUUGGGGGGGGUGAUGCUCGGCGCCGCAGGCCUCCUGAGCCGGCUGGAGGAGGACAGACUGCUGCUGCUGCCAAAGGAGGACGUCUGUCGCUGGGCCCUGGCCGGAGGCAGCUGGGCCUACCACCGGGCCCUGCACACACAGCGCCUGCAGUGGGGGUGAUGGUUGGGGACAGCAAGGCGAGGCUUCUGCCCUGGCUACCACUUUCCCCUCAUGGUUCUGCUCCUAGGGCCUCCUCCUCUAGGGAGAGACUCUCCUUCAACCGAAGCCAGCUUGCUGCAGAGUGACUGGUAAGGGGGCAGAGUCUGGGUACUAUCUUCUUCUCUAGCGCAGUGUGAGGACUUGCCUAGACCAAAAUGAGGGGGACUGGGUCCCGGGCAUGUUUCGGGGCCUGAUUCUGGGCGGGCCAUAGUUGUGGAUCCAGAGAGAGGCUUGGUCUCCAAUAAACCUUAGGGAUUUAGCAGGAA